GAGUGUAGAGGGAGGGGUGUAUGGGAAGAAGAGGAGGACAGGGCGAUGGAAGAGGGGGAUAGAGGGAGGGUAGAGGAAUAUUGAGGCUGAGACGAGGAGUCUAGGGGGAAGGGAGAGAAUCGGGAAAGGGGAGAGAAGAGGGCUGGGUGGUGAGUGAAUCUAGGAGGGGCAUGAGCUAUUUCCUGGCGCUGUCCAGCACCCACGGCGAGGCGGUGGUGUCCCGGUACCGGGCGCUGCGGGAGGAGAGGCUGCUGUGCGACGUGGUGCUGGUGGCCGAAGGCACUGAGUUCCGCGCCCACCGCUCGCUGCUGGCCUGUGCCAGCGACUACUUCAGGUGCCUGUUCCAGGCUCACACCCGGGAGGCGGGCGCGGCGGCGGUGCAGCUGCAGCUGGUGUCGGCCGGCGGCCUGGGCCGGGUGCUCGACUUCAUCUACACCUCCUGCCUGGUGCUCUGCCCCGACAGCGUGGAGCAGACGCUGCAGGCGGCCAGCUACCUGCAGGUGCCCGAGGCGCUGCGCCUCUGCUCCGUCUACCUGGCCGGCAGCUUGAGCAAUGCCCGCUGCUGCCACUCGGCCAACCUGGCGGCCGCCUUCGCCCUGCCCGAGGCUCGACACCGAGCCGACCUCUACAUGGCCGCCAACCUGUGGCGGCUGCUGGAGUUGGGGCCGGAGCGCAGCGGCCUGGACGACCUCAACCCCGACUCACUGCUCGCCUUGCUCGACUCGGAGCGGCUGCCCGGCGUGGCCGAGGUGUCGCUGCUCGGCCUGGUCCUCGACUGGCUGGGCCGCGGCCCCGACCCUGACCCGCAGCGCUGGCUCUUGGCCGACCCGCUGCUCAGCCGCGUCCGCUACGGCCUCGUCCCCUGCGCUGAACUACAGCGGCUGCUGCAGGAGGACAAGGGCGGGCAGGGAGUGACCGGCCGCGCCCCCGCCGCCCGCCGCCUCAUCACCCAGGCCUUGCGCUACCACCACGCCGAGGCCCGCCAGCCGGCGCGCCAGAGCCGCCAGAGCACGUUGAGGAGCGGCCAGCGGCUGCUGGUGUCCGCCGGGGGGCUGCUGCUGCCGCCGGCACCAGACAGCGGCGAGGCCGGUGCCUGCUCGCCUUUCCGCGGCCUGGCGGCGCUCGAUCCCCGCAGCGGCAGCUGGAGGCCGCUGGCCGCCGGGCCCAGGGUGCAGGGCCAUUGCGUGUGUGUGCUGGGCGACUUCUUGUUCGUGCUGGGGGGAGAACUGCUGGAGGAGGAGGAGGAGGAGGCGGGGGUGGAACAGGCCCAAGCCGGGGAGCCGGGUAGGUGCAGCAGCGGCCUCGGGCCGAUCCCCAGCCGCCGGGUGUUCCGCUACGACCCCCGCUCCGACAGCUGGAGCCGGGCGGCCAACAUGUUGAAGCGUCGGGCCCAGUUCGCCUGCUGUGUGCUGGGUGAGCGGCUGCUGGCGCUGGGCGGCCGCUGCGGCCACGGACAGCCUUCGCUCUCGGCCGCCGAGCAACUUGACCUCGGGGCCGGCGGCGGGGCCGGGCGCUGGGUGUCGGCGGCCGAGUUGCCGCAGCGUCUACACGGCCACGCCAGCGCCGUCCACGCCGGCACCGUGUACGUGUCGGGCGGGCGGGCGUCAGGGCAGGCCGAGGCCUGCAAGGAGAUGUACAGCCUGGCGCCGCAGGCCGGGGCCUCCUGGCAGUGCUGCCCGCCCAUGACCAUCGCCCGCUUCGGCCAUCAGAUGGCCACGGUGGGCGAGCGCAUCUACUCGUUCGUCGGCAUGUACGAGCCCUUCUGCGACAUCGAGUGCUACGAGCCGCUGCGGGCCCAGUGGCAGCGCCUCCGGCCUCUGCUCUUCGACCGCUCCUGCUACGGCCUGGCCGUGCUCGACGGCACCGUCUACCUGGUGGGCGGCAAGAAGUGGCAGCAAGGCCGUGAGGUUGCGGCCCAGAGCGCCGUGGCCUAUGAGCCGGCCUCCGACACCUGGCGACAGGUGUGCCCGCUGCCCGUGUCCCUGUACGGCACUCAGUGCGGGGCGCUGCUCCUGCCAGAGCUGCCCGAGGCCCAGUGUUAGGCCGAGAUGCAGACUAUAUCUCUGUAGGCGUCGUUGUCACCUUCCCCUAUCUAUAGAAUCUAAUAUGUUCUACAUUUUCCUUGAUCUUCAUCUAACUUGACUUCUCUAACUUCGUAACCUUUGUUCCCCCCUCCGUCUCUCUCCCCCUUCCUAGUUCCCCGAUCAGUCUGGCUGUCGCCCUGAUUAAAUUUUCUAUCUGUAUUCUUCGUUGUCAACUUCUCCUAGCUACAUUUUCCUUGACCAUCAUCCCCUUUAGAUGUCUCGUUUUCACACCUUACCCUUCCUUAGCUCUGUGUCCCCCUCUCCCCUAACUCUCAGUGUGAAGAAGGAUCUCGACUUGAAACUAUCUAGAGAUUCUGCCUGCCCUGCUGAGUUACUCUGGCAUUUUGUGUCUAUCUUCGGUGUGAAUUAAAACGAUCUUUUUCCAUUAUAUAGGAGAGAGUGAAUUGGGUAAACGGGUGGCUUUUCCUCACUCUUCAAUAACAGGCGAAAGUACAUUGGCAGAAAAUCUACGUGCAUUUUGUUGGUUGCAGUAUUCCUGAUGACAGGUGGCUUUUUUGCUAUAGUUAGAAACUGAAGUUGAAACUGAUGUGGGUAUGUCUUUGACCCAGCUCUACCAUUAUGAAUUUUAAACCUCAGGAUGGCUUAGCCUGGGCCAGAUAUUGAACUAAUGUCCCAGUGGGAUGAGUGGGAGGAAACCCCGGAAGGAGCCUUUGGUUUACUAGGAUUGGGAACUGCUUCAGUAGACCGAGCGCAUGGGUGGAUUGGACUUUGUAUCGUGGAAAUGGCGGCAAAGCGUGGUGGCGGCUGCAUGUGUAACUAUGCCAAAAGAAUGUCGCUGUACAGUUGCACAUGUGACAAAUACAGCACCAUUGCACCAUUGGAGUUAUGUAGAGACUGGAAAAAUUGGGAUUGUUUUCUUGAAAAGUUGGUUAGAGGAACAUUUAAGAGAUGUGUCCAAAUGUAUGAAGGAAUUUGAGUAGGUUGGAAAUACAGUAGUUUGCACUGUCAGGGAAUGUCUACGGCCAGAAAACUAAUUUUAGAUAAUCAGCAACAGAAUCAUAGGAAAUUAGAAUAUUUAGAAUCCUGCAACACAGAGGGUUAAGGUGCAAUGGAAGCAGAUUCAAUGCCAUUUUUCUAAAAUGGAAUUGUAUGUUUAAAAAAAAAAAAAAGACUAUUUCCAAUAUUACAGGCAACGAACAGGAAGAUGCAUUUUUUGAUUUGAUUCUUGAAAGAGGUGACAUGGACUGAUAAUGGCCUCUUGUGCUGGCCUCUUGUGCUGCAUGAUGUUAUGAUCUCUGAGUGAAACCAUCCAUAAUCUGUGUUUGCAGCUUUAUUGGGAUACCUUAUCUGAAUGCUGCUGGAAGUUACAAUGCCUUCUGCUGAAACUCUGUGAUUGCAGGUGCUUUUUCUGUAAUGCCCAGCUAUCUUUUAAUGUCACAGAGGAAGUCGGAGAGACAAAUUUCACGAGUUAUCUUCAAAGUAAUCCACCGAAACUCACUGACAAACUACAUAUUGUCAUUGUUGUCCGGAUUGACAGCAAUAUUACUGAUGGACAGAAACUGAGUCUCUGUGUAGUAACCUUACCGCAUUUAAUGUCGAUAUUGUGGGAUAGUACAGAAUCUGCGGACUGGAUGAAACACCAGUUGAUAGGCAGAGUUGCCAUAGUUUUUCAUGCUCUGUACUUCAUUAAAUUAUAAAGUGAGAUUGCCUAAUUUUAGAUCCCUAGGAAGACAUGUCAAUGUUAAUUUUUGAAAAUGUUAAGAAAUGAAUGUACUGUAAAUGAAUUAUUUUCAUAAUAAAAUUAUUUAAACUCUUGACUGUAAUGAAAGAAGGAUAUCUCAAAUCCUUAAAAAGCUAAUAAAUUACAUCUGGGCUGUCGUCGCUUUAAUCUAAGAAAAUGCAGCAACCAAUACACACCAAACUUUGACAAGCAUAAAUCUGACCAGUCUGUCUAUUGGUUAAAUUGAGGAAUCAUUGUUUUGAAAACCACUCUCAUCAAACACUCUAAUUCUUUCCAUUCAAUUGAGCAGGCAUGUAUAAGGUCUCAUC